CAAAAGAUAUCGUCAAACAAUCAAAACAAUAUUUUUGCUUCAAAAAAAAUGAAUAAAAAGUGAACAAAAACUGUUUUAUUAGUAAAAAAUUUUAUCAUGUCAAGAAAUCGCAAAAGAGGAGCUCGAUCGAGCAGCAGCUCCGAGGAGUUGGAUGUUGAAGAAGAAUGCCGCCUUAAGGAUUUAAAGGAAAGGGAUGAAUUCGCUGAGCGACUCAAGAAACGUGAUGAAGGUCGGACACGUAAAGUCAUGGAGUCCACUUCAAACCGAAAGGCUAUUGAAGAGGCUGCAAAGAGACUUAAAUUAGAAUCGGAAGAUAGAGAAAAGAUAUUGCCGCAGUUGCGGAUACAAUCUCGGAGGCAAUAUUUAGAAAAACGUAAGGAGGACAAAGUGGCUGAACUUGAAGCAGACAUUCUCGACGAUGAAUAUCUAUUCGAAGAAGAAAUGUUAACUGAAAAAGAGAAGAAAGAACGGGAAUAUAAAAAGCAGUUAUUGACAAUCGCCAAAGAACAUGAAAGGGCUAGGGAAUUGGAGCGCAUACAACGUUAUCACAUGCCACGGGAUUUAAAAAAAGGAGAGAAAGAGGAAUACGUCGAAGUCGACGAGAAUGAAAAGUUACCUCACUUUGAACAAAAGAAAUGGGAGUCCGAGCAGCUGGCGUCUGCUAGAUUUCAAUUUGGCGCCAAAGAUGCUAAGGCCAAAAAUGAAUAUGAACUGUUGCUCGAAGAUCAAGUUGAGUUUAUACAAUCUAUUACACUGGAUGGCUCUAUAGAUAAAGCAAAUAAACAACCACAAUUAACUGAGGCCGAACGCAAACGCAUGACAAUCGAAGAAACACGCAUAUCUUUACCUGUUUAUCGAUUUAAAGACGCUCUCGUAGCAGCUAUAAAAGAACAUCAAAUUCUUAUCAUUGAAGGAGAAACUGGUUCUGGCAAAACUACCCAAAUACCUCAAUAUCUGGUGGAAGCGGGCUUCACUGACGAUAAGAAAAAGAUCGGAUGCACUCAACCGCGUCGUGUGGCUGCUAUGUCUGUGGCCGCGAGAGUGGCCGAAGAAAUGGGUGUUAAACUAGGGAACGAAGUUGGCUAUAGUAUUCGUUUCGAAGAUUGCACUUCCGAAAGAACUAUCCUGAAAUACAUGACUGAUGGCACUUUACAUAGAGAAUUCCUAUCGGAGCCUGAUCUGGGAUCCUAUAGUGUAAUGAUUAUUGACGAAGCGCAUGAACGUACCUUGCAUACAGAUAUAUUGUUUGGUUUGGUUAAAGAUAUUGCUAGAUUUAGACCAGAAUUGAAGCUGUUAAUUUCAAGCGCAACUUUAGAUGCAGAAAAGUUUUCCAAAUUCUUUGACAAUGCUCCCAUAUUUCGUAUUCCUGGCAGAAGAUAUGCGGUUGAAAUUUACUACACAAAAGCUCCUGAAGCUGACUACAUUGAUGCUUGUUGUGUUUCCGUAUUGCAUAUACAUGCCACCCAACCGUUAGGUGAUAUUUUAGUCUUCCUUACCGGUCAAGAUGAAAUUGAAACUUGCCAGGAAAUCUUGCAAGAUCGAGUAAAGCGUUUGGGAUCAAAAAUCAAAGAAUUGAUCAUUAUACCCGUUUACGCUAAUCUGCCGAGCGAUAUGCAGGCGAAAAUUUUCGAACCGACGCCACCAAACGCACGAAAAGUAAUUUUGGCCACGAAUAUAGCUGAAACAUCUUUAACAAUUAAUAAUAUAAUCUACGUCAUAGAUCCAGGAUUUGCAAAACAAAAUAAUUUUAAUUCACGAACGGGUAUGGAAUCGUUAAUGGUCGUUCCGAUUUCUAAGGCUUCCGCCAAUCAGCGAGCUGGACGCGCAGGUCGCACUGCUCCGGGCAAAUGUUUUCGUUUAUACACUGCUUGGUCUUACAAACAUGAGCUGGAAGAUAAUACUAUACCUGAAAUACAACGUAUUAAUUUGGGCAAUGCUGUCCUGAUGUUAAAAGCUUUAGGAAUUAAUGAUUUAAUACAUUUUGAUUUUUUGGAUCCUCCUCCACAUGAGACCUUAGUAUUGGCCUUGGAGCAACUUUAUGCCUUAGGUGCAUUGAAUCAUCACGGCGAGCUCACUAAGUUGGGAAGACGAAUGGCCGAAUUUCCCGUAGAUCCCAUGAUGGGAAAAAUGUUAUUGGCCAGUGAAAAGUACAAAUGCUCCGAAGAAAUGGUUUCAAUAGCCGCAAUGCUCUCGGUUAAUAGUGCUAUUUUCUAUCGACCUAAAGCUAAGAUUAUUCACGCGGACACUGCACGAAAAAAUUUUAAUCACAUCCAUGGCGAUCAUUUAAGUUUGUUGCGUGUGUACAAUCAAUGGGUGGACACGGAUUACAGUACUCAGUGGUGUUAUGAAAAUUUCAUACAAUAUCGUUCGAUGAAGCGCGCACGUGAUGUACGCGAACAAUUGGUUGGUCUAAUGCAGCGAGUGGAAAUUGAUAUGAUGUCUUGUCAGUCGGAUACAAUGAAUAUACGUAAAGCCAUAACAGCUGGGUAUUUUUAUCACGUGGCUCGGUUAUCUAAGGGAGGAAAUUAUAAAACCAUUAAACACAAUCAAAGUGUGAUGAUACAUCCAAAUUCUUCGCUCUUUGAAGAACUACCUCGAUGGGUUUUAUAUCAUGAAUUGGUUUUUACAAGCAAGGAAUACAUGCGUCAAGUGAUAGAAAUUGAAAGUAAAUGGCUUUUGGAAGUGGCCCCGCACUAUUAUAAGGCUAAGGAAUUGGAAGAUUCGGUAAACAAAAAAAUGCCUAAAGGAACAGGCCGUGCUACCAUGACGAUAUAAAAAUAAAAAACUCAUGAUUUAUAAUAAAAAAGUUAUAAAAAAGAAAAUAUUUGUCAUCUGAAUUAAACCUAUCAAGGAUGACAGAGAUUUAAAGCAAACGUUGCUAAACGUCAAACUGCGUAAUUUAAUGCGGCUGUCGCUGUACGUUUUCAUGCGUGAGAAUUAUUUGAUAAACUUAUCUACUUUUUGUGAUAAGUACAAUGAAAUAGAAAUAUGGUUUCUCACUAAAGUUAACAAAAAGCAUUUUUUAUUUAAAACAAUUAUGUAAAUAUUAAAAAAAAAAAAAAAAAAAAAACACGAAAGAAAAAAAUGCUAGACAACACAGAUCACAUAUUUCACAUUUGUUUUGUCUUUGUUAAUUCGUAAUUGUUUAAACAAAUGAUAAGGAAAACUUUGCAUUACCUCUUUUAAAUCAUGAAUGCGUAAACCAGAGGACAACCAUAGAAUAUUCAGAUAGAGAUCGGUUAGAGCAAUCGGGAAAAUAAUUUGAAUCCAAUCUUAACAAAAAUAUAUUAUUAUUGGAAUUUUUAAUUUCGUUUUUCAAGAUGCAAAGUUUUCUUUACUUUAAUAAAAUAUUCCUCGUAUUUCGUAUAUCUUAUGUCUAUAAUGAUUAUAAUUUCGAAGUUAACAGUAAAUAAAAAUAUAGUAAAAAAAAAAAUAUGUAGUUGAUUCUUUUUUUGUUUUUUUUUUUUGGUUUUUUGUUUUUAAUGCCCUCCUCUCUUAUAGCUUUUUUUUUUUUAAGUUGAACAACAGAUUGCGUUUACAUUCACACGCAUACACAUUUAAUUGUGUGCUUAAAAGAGAAAGCAAAUGUAUUAUAUAUUAAUUUAAAGAAAA